UUUCCUGAAUUUAAGGUGUAUGGCCUAAAACAAAUUGUUUUUUGACUCCAGGAGCUGAAAUGUAAGUAUAAAUGGUCACUAUUCUAGUAAUUUCACAUGUUUUUAGUAAUUCGAAACUAAGUGACCUGAAUUUUAGUCAACAACAACAACAUGCUGAGUGAGAAGUAAACACAUGUACUUCCUGCUUGAAGCAGCCGGCAUUUGACAGAUUUCAACGGUUGUGACUGAAGGCCUUGUUUUGAGGGUGUUUUGCAGACCAGUGCUUGUCGGCCUGGGGAUUUUCCAGAAAAACUGUAGACUGCCCCCUUUGCGAUGAGCGGGGAAAAUGAUAAAUAACAUUAAAAUUAACAACGGAUAUCAUAUGGUUAUUACGGAAUAAUUUAAUGCGUGUGUCCAUUAACGCAAAAUACAACGUUUGAGAUAAAAACAAAAAAUGUUUAUUAGAAAUCUUCAAAGUGAAUGUGCAUCACGGAAAUCAGUGUUGGGAAAUUGGAGUUAGUCCACCGGUACUCACUAAGUUAAUGCAUUUAAGAUGAGUAUCGUUCGAAAAUGGAAAGAGACAAACAUGAUAUAAUUUAUAUGUUAGUGGAUCUGUGUAUAAUCAGAUUCAUAUGCAUAUUCUGCUUUAUUAUGUUUGUCACGCUUUAUAGUUUACUGAAAUAGCAUUGAAAGGAGGAUGUCAAGUGCAAGACAUUGAAAGGUAAAGAAAUGAAAUAAAUUAUUUUAACUUCAAUUAAUACAUCAUUGACAUAGCAAGACCACUAAAGCGUUUAAAAAAAUAUUUGUUAAUGUUUUCACCAUAUGAUAUUUAAUUAAAAAAAUACUGAAUUUCAUUCUAACUGUUAAAGAGGUUAUGAUUAAAUGGUAUAUUUAAGAAUCUAUAUAGAUUAUUGCAAGUUCAAUAUGAACGUGGAAGGAUAUUAACUUAACAUUGUCUUCAUUGUAAGAACACAUUAAAUCAGCACUUUAUAAUAUAAAAAUGCUGUCAAACAUACUUUAAUAAUUUUAAUUCUGUUCUUAUAUUCAUAUUUAUAAUGUUUUCCAAUUUCAUGGUUUAUCGCGCUAUUUUUCCCAAUUUCAUGGUUUAUCGCGCUAAUUUUCCCAAUCCAAAUGGCACAGGCUGUAACAAACAAAAUAAAAAAAAAUCACUGCAUAGUGGAUAUGAUGAGUGACAUAGUGGGAAUGGUUAGUUACACAGUGCAUAUGGUGAGUGACAUAGUGGUGAGUGACAUAGUGGAUAUGAUGAGUGGCCUAGUGGAUAUGGUGAGUGACUUAGUGGAUAUAGUGAGUGGCAUAGUGGAUAUAGUAGGUGGCAUAGUGGAUUUGGUGAAUUGCAUAGUGGAUAUGAUGAUUGACAUAGUGGAUAUCAUGAUUGACAUAGUGGAUAUAGUUAGUGGCAAAGUGGAUAUGGUGAAUAAAAUAGUGGCAAUAGUGAUUGACAUAGUGGAUAUGGUGAGGGACUUAGAUAUGUUCAAAGACUUAGUGGAUAUGGUGAGUGACAUAGUGGAAAUGGUGAGUGACAUAUUUGAUAUGGUGAAUGACAUAGUGGAUGUGAUGAAGGACAUAGUGGAAAUGGUGAGUGAUAUAGUGAAUAUGGUUAGUGACAUAGUAGAUAUGGUGAUUGACAUAGUCGAUAUGGAGAACAACAUAUUGGAUAUGGUGAAUGACAGAGUGGAUAUGGUGAUUGACAUCGUGUAUAUGGUGAUUGACAUAGUGGAUGUAGUGAAUGACAUAGUGGAUAUGGUGAGUGACAUAGCGGAUAUGGUGAGUGGCAUAGUUGCUGUGGUGAGUGACAUAGUGGUAAUGAUGAGUGACAUAGUGGUAAUGGUAGGUGACAUAGUAUAUAUGGUGAGUGACAUAGUAGAUAUGGUGAUUGACAUAGUCGAUAUGGUUAACGGCAUAUUGGAUACGGAGAAUGACAGAGUGGAUAUGAUGAGUAACAUAGUGGAUAUGAUGAGAGACAUAGUGGAUAUGGUGAGUUACAAAGUGGAUAUGGCGUGUGACAUAGUUCAUAUGAUGAGAGACAUAGUGGAUAUGUUCACAAUUUUCUCCCAGAACACAGCAGAGAUGAUGUUUGUGAAGGGAACACUGAAGACACAGCGCUUCAUCACGGCUGUCGACAUAAUGGACUCUACCAAGACAGAGGAGCUCUCACGACAGAUGUGGCACCGAAACUGGAGUCGGGAUGAAGAUGUUACAGAACCAGCAAGUUUAAAGGAGUCAGGUAAGCGUGCAGGGCUCUCAGACGCCCAGAUCUCCCGGGGUCUGGAGGACAUGCAGAGCAGCGAGGUCAAGGCCAGAUUGAAACAGUUCACAGACGAGGCCUUGAAUCAUGGGGCAUUUGGUUCUCCAACUAUCAUUGCUCACACAUCAGACGGUCCAGUGAUGCUCUUUGGGUCAGAUCGGUUUCCCAUUUUAGCUCAAGUUCUGGAUGAGAAAUGGGAAGGAACCGUCCCAGGGGAGAGCAAACUGUGAUAACUGAUACUAGCAUUUUGUCAUGUUGGACCUGUAAAUAUGCUUUUAAUAUGCGUUUUAACUUUCAAGUUGAUUAAAGUAAAUACACGUAUUAAAAUGUGCGUUUCAUAUGCGUUUCAACUUUGAAGUUGAUAAAAGUAAAAACACGUUUUUAGCUCGACUAUUAUAUAUGAAAUAUAUAUAGUGGAGCUAUCCUACUCACCCCGGCAUCGGCGUGAGCGUGGGCGUGCAAAUGUUAAAGUUUGUGUACCACCCCAAAUAUUUCCUAUGUCCCUUGACAUAUUGCUUUAAUAUUUUACAUACUUUUUACCAACAUGACCCCAACCUAUAAACAAGAGCAGACAACUGUAUCAAGCAUUUUGUAAGAAUUAUGGCCCUUUUUUCACUUAGAAUAUGCAUAUUAUUGAUAAAUCUAUGUUAAAGUUUGCGUACCACCUCAAAUAUUUUCAAUGUCCCUUGACAUAUUGCUUUCAUAUUUUGCAAACUUCUUUUCCAACAUGACCCCAAUCUAUAAACAUGAGCAGACAACUGUAUCAAGCAUUUUGAAAGAAUUAUGGCCCUUUUCCAUUUCGAAUAUGCAUAUUAUUGAUAAAUCUAUGAUAAAGUUUGCGUACCACCUCAAAUAUUUUCAAUGUCCCUUGACAUAUUGCUUUAAUAUUUUGCAAACUUCUUUACCAACAUGACCCCUAUAUAUAAACAAGAGCAGACAACUGUAUCAAGCAUUUUGUAAGAAUAAUGGCCCUUUUUUGUCUUAGAAACUGAAUAUUUUGUUAAAUUUUGUGUUUAGAUCCACUUGACUUCUAAAGUUUCAAAGCUAUUGCUUUCAAACUUCAAAUAUUUUCUUACUAUCAUGAGAGUACUGUACCUGGCAAGUUUAAUUUGACCUAGACCUUUGAAUGACCUUAACUCUCAAGGUCAAAAGAAUAAAUUUUAGUUAAAUUGCCAUAACUUCUUUAUUUAUAAUCAGAUUUUAUUAAUACUUUGACAAAACAACACUUACCUGAAUACCACAAUGAAUUCCACCCAAACAAUACCCCACGCCCCAACCCAGAAUCCCUGCCUCCCGCCCCCUCCCCCCAAUUUUUUUAUAUUUUUUUUCCUUUUUUUAUUUUUGUAAGAUUGUCUAAUAAAUGACCACACCCCACAUUAUACCCCCCUCUCAAGACCCCCACCCAACCCAAAAAGAAUAUUUUUUCUUUAAAAAAUGGUAAAAAACAUAAUUUUUUUUAUAUACUUUAUUUUUGAAGGACCGUCCAAACUUCCCACCCAAGCUAUUGCUAUCAAACUUGAAAUAAAAUCUUAUAAGUUUGUUUUAUGUCUUUACAAAUGUUCAAUAGAUUGUGGAAAAUAUACCUGAACUAUUACCUUGACCUUAUUGAAUAAUUUGAACGAUUUCCCCAUGAUUGUUUACGUUAUACUGUCAAGCACUCGAAUAGUCGAGCGCGCUGUCCUCUGACAGCUCUUGUUAUUCAUUUGCAUUCACAACUUAGAUGGAUUCGGAACAUUACAUUUAUACUUGCAUUGAGAUCACGUAUUUUUCUUAGUGUUUUGCAUUAUUAUUUUUGAUAAUCAUUAAACAUUUUAUGUGAAUUUAAUUAACAACGAUAGUCACAAUUAAAAUCUAUGAUACUUCUGUAUGGAAGUCUUGAGCGCGAUUUCCUUGUGGUCCUCAUUAUUUUACACGCAUAGCCGUGUUUAGCAUUACACUGUACCUACUUUGCAGUAAGAAAAUGCCACAAGACUUUACAUGCUGUUUAAUCAGGGAACAUGUCACAUUAAUUACUAUCCCUCGCCAUAGGCGGAGGGAUAUUGUUUUGGCGUUGUCCGUCCGUCUGUCCGUCUUUCCGUCCGUUUAUCCGUCCGUCUUUCCGUCCGUCCGGAGCCAUAUCUUGGAAGUGCUUUGGGGGAUUUCAUUGAAACUUUGUAUGAGUAUAUAUAUGGAUAAGAGAAUGAUGCACGCCAAAUGACAGUCUACACCAUAUGCUAAUAAUGGAGUUAUGGCCCUUUGUAUCUUGAAAAAAAGCUUUUUUGUGUGUGUCCGGAGCCAUAUCUUGGAAGUGCUUUAAUGGAUUUCAUUGAAACUCGGUAUGCGUAUAUAUAUGAGUAAGAGGAUGAUGCACACCAAAUGGCACUGUACACCAUCUGUAAAUAACGGAGUUAUGGCCCUUUGUAUCUUGAAAAAAUGCUUUUUUUGAGUGUCAAAUAUAACACUUGUGUGUCCAGAAGCAUAUUGGCGGGGGAUAUCAAUUCAACGAAUUUGCUUGUUGAUUCUUGUUUUCAAACUUUCAUGUGCGAUAAUCACGAAAGCACACAUAAUUUGGAGGAAAUCUUUGGAUUUACUUUGAAAUGUAUUCUUAUAUUGAAAUAUUAUGAGAUGCAUAUUGUCUUUUUAUUGACGAUGCUGAGAAGCAGCUCGUCUAAGUUAUCAUACCAUGAAAAAAAUCUUCACAAUGGCGACCUAUGUAAAAGACCGAGCCAGUCCGAUUGAGAUAGCUCGAAUUUUCUAAUCGGCAUACCUCGCUGAUUAUCAUUGAUAAAGGUAAAGGAAACUCAGCUAUAAAUAGGACAUCAUAUUCUGGGAAAAGAUUUAAUAAUAGUUUGAAAACUUUAUUUUUAAAUCAGUUAUAUUCAAUGCAUUAUAUGUUUAUAGAUCAAUGAAACAAUUAUGCAUUUUCUGUAUUGUAUUUGACAUUUGUCGUGAUUCUGUAAAUAAAUUGCGAAUGAA